AUGAAUAACUCCUUUAUUGUCGAUUAUGGUGGAAAUACAGAUGGGGACGAUGAUUUGCCACCAUCUGUCACUGAAGUAGACAGUGACAGUAAUAGUAUGGCUCAAAUGAAAGAUUUCAAUAAAACAAUUCAUGAACUUUAUGAACAGUUCAGUUGUUUAUUGAAAAGAAAGAAAUUGGCUAAUCAAUUAAACGAUCCUGUUUCAGUUCAAGAAUUGAUAAUUGAAGCUGAACGAUUGAGUAUAGUAGAAAAAGCUCCAUUUUAUAUUGCUAAAUGUUUAUUUACGGAUCAAAUUGUUAAAGAAAUUGGAGAAUCUACAAAACUUAUUGAUGGAUCAGUUGCAACAAAAAUACGAAAUUGCGCUAAAAAAUUCAUCGAAUGGUUACGUACAGCUGAGGAAGGCAGUGAUCAAGAUGACGACAGAUCCUAA